AUGGCUUCGCCAGAUCCGACACUGAACUUGCCUCGUAUUCUGUGCCUACAUGGAGGCGGUGUGAAUGCGGCAAUAUUCAAAGCCCAAUUCAGGGCUUUCCUGAACCACGACAAACUCAAAAAUCGAUUUAGAUUCGUGUUCGUUGACGCUCCCUUCUUUUGCGACGAGGGUGUGGGCGUGUACCCGGUUUACUCGGACUGGGGUCCUUUCCGCAGAUGGUUUCGGUGGCUCGAUUCUCAUCCAGAAAUCGACCCAGCUGCUUGUUCUUACGAGCUUGAGUAUACCAUCGAACGAUGCAUGGAGAGUGAUGAAGGGACGGGAGAAUGGGUUGGAGUAUUGGGCUUCAGUCAAGGAGCCAAAUUGGCGGCAAGCUUGCUGUACGAACAACAGAUCAAAGGCAAACCCGGCCCCUGGAGGUUCGCGGUUAUCCUGGCCGGACGAGCUCCAAUGGUCAGCCUCAGCGAAGAGGCCGAAGAGUUUCCGUGGAUGCAGUCGGCUGGAGAUCUGGCUGAUGCAGCAGACCUAGACAGCAUUUUUGAACGGCCAGACAUGAAGCUCAAAGUUCCAACUCUACAUGUCCAUGGGCUGAAAGACGAGGGUCUGCAUCUGCACAAAAGAUUGGUUGAAGAUUACUGUGCGCCAGGGACAGCUACCCUGGUUGAAUGGGAUGGACCUCAUCGCAUUCCAAUCAAGAAAAGUGACGUCGACCGGGUUGUUGAUGCUUGGGUAGAGCUGGCCGACGAAUACGGUGUUUGA